GUCCAAGCUCUGUGUGCACAGAAUGGCCGGGAGUAAUCUGGUGCGCGCUUGGAACCGCCGUCAGGGAGGCGCCUACAGUGCGAGGAGAGGAGCGGUACCGUCCCGGCUCCCAUCGACUUGGCGUUCGAGACUGCACAAAGUUGUUCAGAGGUUGCCGAAAUUCCCCAAGGGAACCCCAGCGCUAAUCCCAGGAUUCGGCGGGAAAGCGGCUCCCGAACCUAGGCCUAGGCUUUGCCUGGAUUCUUUCAGGCUUCAGGAAAUUGCGAAGCCUCUCCUACAUCGGAGUGGCUGCACCUGACCACAGGAAUUAAGGGCUGGACUAACCUGAAUUACCGAGUUGCCUGGUUGGGGAACCCGAUUGUAUGGUCUUAAGUCCUAUCGCCAGAGGUUUUCUGUGUGUCUGCGCGCGUGCUCCCGUGCGUGCAUAGCAGGCAUUUUUGUUUAAGGAUUGUUAAAAUGAGUCUUCGGAAGCAAACCCCUAGUGACUUCUUAAAGCAAAUCAUCGGACGACCAGUUGUGGUAAAAUUAAAUUCUGGAGUGGAUUAUCGAGGGGUCCUGGCUUGCCUGGAUGGCUACAUGAAUAUAGCCCUGGAGCAGACAGAGGAAUAUGUAAAUGGACAACUGAAGAAUAAGUAUGGAGAUGCAUUUAUCCGAGGAAACAAUGUGUUGUACAUCAGUACACAGAAGAGAAGGAUGUGAAGACACCAAGAGAGCAACACUUUUCAUAGUUGGAUAUAUUUUUUUAUGAAUUUUUUUUCUAAUUUUUGCUUCUUUUGUGAUGUAAUUUGUCCUGUUUUUAUAAUAAUUGGUGAUUUUUCACUGACGUGAGUAAGAUAAAUGUUUACAAUUGUGGAUUUAAUUGUGAAGUGCUCUUUCACAUUUAAGUUUCAGUCAUUUUCUUUUACCUCUUGUCAGUGUACAGAAUGCUAAAAGAAUUAAAAAAAAAAAACAAAAUAUAUCUCUUCUACAAGAUUAUUUAAGUUUCGAGGAGUGUUAUUACAUUUGACUUGCUUUAUUUAUCCAGCUAAAAUGAUGCAUACAUUUUAUAUAUUGUGUGGGUGUGUAAUUAAAACAUUUUAGAGGUA